AUAUACGAUAAGCAAUGAAAGAAAUUAAAAUAUUAAGAACUGAUAUUGUCAUUUGUUUCCUGAUAGAAGCCAAUAACAAUAUGUUUCCAGCUAAUUUCAAAUUUUAAUGAGGAACUUAUCAAAUUCCAAAUAUCUUUGACAUUUGAACAAUCAAAUAUUAAAUGUUUACAAUUUUCUGUUUCAUUUGGACAUGAGUUGCAUUUACUGCUUAUAUCUUGGCAGCAUUUACUUAAGAAUAAAUUAUUGCUGAGCAAGUUGUUCAGAAGUUUAUAGUUGAACUCUGCAACCUUUUUAUCAAAAAUAUUUGCAAUUUUAUGUCUAUAUAUUUUUACCCAUGAUGAUUUACACUGAAUAUGAAAUUCUCUUUCAUAGAAUGACUGAUAAAUAGGUGUACGUGAUUUUUUAUUGCAUAAAAUUUUGUAAAAUGUUUUUGAAAUACCUUUGCUUAAGUUUAAUAGUUUGUUACCAUACUGAAAGCGAGGGAUUAUUGAAGAGUUUGUGAUAAAUGGAACAAUUGAAAGAUCAUAUUUGUUUAUAAAUUCUCUAAAGACUGAAUAUAAAAUCUUAUAUUGGCAAAUCCAAUUACUUUUGUAUUUUAAAUUAUCAAGAAACCAUUUAGCAGGUUUUAGACCACUUGAGUCACAUAUAUCUUUGACAUAGAGCAGAUUACUUUUAAUCCAAUCAGGGAAAUAUAGUGUCUUACCUUUAUAUGUGAAUAAUUUAUUAUUCCAUAUUGGUUGUUGUAAGAAUUCUGUAGCUGAUAAAUGCAUUUGUCUCUGUUUACAUUUAUUGUAACAUAUAAAAAUUUGUUGAUAGAAAAUUGGAAAGUUUUUGAUUAAGCCAUAAUUUUUCAAAUCUGUUUCAUUGGUAAUUAGAAUAUAUUUAAAGUAAAUAUUAUUUUUCAGACAUAAGGAUUCUACAUAUGACUUUAAUUUUCCCUUUGAAUUUAGUAAUUUUUCAACCCAAGAUGCUUUUAUUGACAUUAAUUUUGACUCAACGUCUAUCACACCAAUACCUCCUUCAUUAAUGCUACGUAUUAAAGUAUUUCGUUUUAUACGAUCUGUUUUAUUCCAUAGGAACUUAAAUAUAAGUCUAUUUAUUGUUUUUAUUUCUUCAUUGCAUGGUAAAGAGAGAACAGAGAUUCUAUAUAAAAUCUUAGAUAGAGCUAACGUGUUGAUCACGCAAGUUUUUCCAAAAAGAGUGAGGUUUCUUGUUUUCCAAGCCUCAAAAAGUUUUUCCAUGUCUUUUAUACAAUUCAAAAUAUUAUUUUUAUAACAAUAUAGAUUAUUGAGAUGGAUAUGAGAUAAUCUCAUUUAAUUGAGUGAAUAGCAUUAUACAAUAGGACUUAACUUGGUACAAGCUAACUUAUUUUAAGAAAGUCAGCAUCAGGAGGAGUUAACUAGUAUUGCAACUUCCUCUUCCUUUUUGCACCCCACUCAAGUGGAAGGAACAACAGCACGUUAAGCACUUUUUCACAAUCAAGGCCAAUCCAUGCCUCCAAAGAGAAAAAGAGAUGGGGGAAUGGUUUCUCCAGCCCGGGGCAGAGGACAAAAAAAGUCUCGCCACAACACUAGGCAGCAAAAGCCUGGAACUAAAGAAGUGAGAGAUAACCAACCCCCCUUCCAGCACCAGGAAUCUUCAGAGAGCGUGCCAGGGAGUGAGGCUGCACCAGAUUUGGGGGAGUUUGUGCCUGCCAACUUUGGCAAUAUUGGUUCAAGCACACCUGUAGGAGAUGCGGAGGAAAACAUCCAGCCAACAACUGUUCUUCCAACUCAGCUGUAUAAAUUGGGCAAGACCCCUAUAAGAUUAGACAGAGUCAUUUACUACUCACAAAAUUAUUCAGAUAAUCAUUUUUUACGGGAGGGUUUUCAACAUGGCUUUAAACUACAAUAUUCUGGUCCUAGAUCACCCAGGUUUUCAAAAAAUCUAACAAGUUUAGGCAGACAAUAUUCAGUUGCAGAGGAAAAGAUUUGUAAAGAGGUUACAUUGGGGAGAGUGGCAGGCCCCUUUAUAGAACCACCUUUUCCAACUUUGCAAGUUUCUCCAUUAGGCCUUGUUCCCAAGAAAGAUGGCGACUACCGCCUUAUUCACCAUUUAUCAUAUCCAGAAAAUGCUUCAAUAAAUUAUUUUAUCGACCCAGAACAGAGUUCUGUAACCUAUUCAACUAUAGAUGAUGCUGCUGACAUUAUUGCCAAAUUAGGUAGGGGGGCUUAUCUUGCCAAGUCUGAUAUCAAAUCAGCCUUUAGGUUGCUACCAAUUAAUAGCACGGAUUUCGAUUUAUUAGGUUUUUGCUUUAACGAUGCCUUCUAUUAUGACAAGAUGCUUCCAUUUGGGUGCAAGAGAAGUUGUGCAAUCUGGGACAGAUUUGCAUGCUUUCUGCAUUGGUUGACACAGAAUCGUUCACAAAAUUCCUCUAUUCUGCAUUAUCUGGAUGACUUCUUUUUCUGCGGCAGAGAGCAUUCCAUAAGCAAAAAUACCUUGGACACCUUUCUUUCCCUGUGCAGUGAUCUGGGGGUCCCAAUUGCAAAUGACAAAACAGUAUAUCCAACCCAAGUUCUUACUUUCUUGGGCAUCGAAUUUGAUACGGUGCAAAUGAUCAUGAAAUUACCAUGGGAAAAAAUUCAUGAAAUUAAACACAAAAUUCUUGACAUUAUGACUUUUAGAAAGGUAACACUUCAGCAACUUCAGUCCAUAUUGGGGCUUUUGAAUUUUGCAUGUAGAGUCAUAGCUCCAGGUAGGGCUUUCUGUCGACGACUAACCGAUGCAACAAUCGGCCUUGGCAAACCACAUCACCAUACCCGGGUAACAUUAGAAAUGAAAGCUGACCUCCAAGUCUGGCUCACCUUCCUUCAAUCUUUUAAUGGUAUAUCAGUCAUUACAAAGAGCAUAUGGGUCAAUAACGACACUCUCGAACUUUACACUGACAGUGCAGGGGGAGACUCGGGGGGUUUUGGUAUAUUUUUUGCAGGCAAGUGGGCAUAUGCUCAGUGGCCCAGUAGUUGGUUGGCACAAGGCCUAACCCGAGACAUGACUUUUUUAGAGCUCUUCCCAGUCCAAGUAGCUAUUGAAGUAUGGAAGCAUCAAUUUGCCAACUACAGAAUCUUGUUUUACAUUGACAAUAUGGCAGUGGUACAUGUUAUCAACAAAACAACAUCAAGGUCACCUAGGGUCAUGAAAAUUGUAAGAAAACUGGUUCUAACAUGUCUCAAGCAUAACAUCUUAAUUAAAGCAAGACACAUACCAUCUAAGCUAAAUUCUAUCGCGGAUUGUCUCUCUCGUUCACAGUGGGGCAAAUUCCGACGACUAGCACCAACAGCAGAUCCAUGGCCAGCACCACUUCCCAAGAACAUUUGGGAAAUUUAAAAAGUGAGGCAAACAGGCUUAUCCAGGGUUCCCUCUCAGUCAACACAUACAAAGCUUAUCAAGGGGCUUUUACCAGUUUCAAAAAAUUCUUGAGUAACUGUGGGAUUGCAAUGGUUUUUCCUAUUCCCAUUGACCACUUGCUUAAUUUUAUUGCUCAUUUGUCCAUUUCAGGUACAGCUUAUAGAACAGCUGCAUUAUACAUUAGUGCCCUAUCAUAUUUUCACAAAUUAAGAGGCAUACAGGAUAAUACUCAAUCAUUCAUCGUCAAAAAAGCCUUGCAGGGUCUGCACAAAAAGCGAGGUAACCCUGUAGAUCCACGAAUCCCAUUAACCAUAUCUAUUUUGCAACGUGUAGUAUCAGCAUUGCCAUCAGUCUGUAGAUCACCAUAUGAGGCAGCAUUAUUUUCCACAAUUUUUUCAAUUGCAUAUCACGGCUUGCUUAGGGUUAGUGAAGUCUUGUCUAUCCAUAGGGCACACAUUUCCCUUACUAAGAACAAUGUCAGCAUUCUAAUUCCAAGGUCUAAAACUGACCAAAUUGGAAAUACAACUACGUUGCAGAUUUCCAAACAUGCCAAUUCUGAUACUUGUCCAGUGCAAUGGGUACUCAAGUUUUUACGGUUGGGCCCUAACAGUGACUCCACCUUAUUUUUCAUCCAUAUGGAUUACAAACAUGUAACAAGAUACCAGUUUAAUUGCAUGCUACAGAAAACACUUAAAUUUAAUGACAUUCAGGGACAUUUUAGGCCACAUAGCUUCAGAAUUGGGAGAGCCACAGAUAUGGCAAAACAAGGGGUUUCAGAUUCAGAAAUUAAAUCUUUGGGAAGGUGGGAGUCAAAUGCUUUUCAAAACUACAUAAGAUUAUAAUGUAAUGGUUUGUUGAAUGGAAUACAGGCUAAUUUGCCAAAAGUAUUCCAGGUUUCAAGACAGUUUGGAUAGUAGGAUCGUCUAUACCUUUUUGGGCUGGUGAAGAGGCACGGAGGAGACCGGGCGGAAAGAACCUCAAUCUAGGGGUUGACAUCUUUUGGAAGGGGAUAAGAGGGCUAAAAUGGCAAGACCUCGACAAACUGAUAACAGAAGAACUCAAACAUCAACCACAACCAGAUGUAUUGGUUAUUCAUGCUGGGUCAAACGAUCUAACAACAGCUGGCAAUACUGCACUUAGAUUUGCACAUGAAAUUCAAUGUAGCUUGUAUCGCUACAAUGCAUUGCUACCAAAAACUUUGCUCAUUUGGUCAACAAUGCUUCCCCGUCUUUACUGGCAUGGUGCACCUCUAGGUAAGGGUGGCGCUAAGAUCGAUCUAAAAAGACGCAAGGUUAAUAAGGCUAUUAAGAAAUUUGUUACCUCUCAAGUUAACGGAGCUUGCAUUGUUCAUGACAGAAAUAUAAACGUCCAUCAAACCAGUUUAUUUAGGUAUGACGGAACUCAUCUAGCCGAAAGUGGAAAUCAAGCUUACUUAAAUAACAUACAGGGUGGUUUGGAAUUUAUUUUGGGGGGAAAGGGCAAAAUCUUCCCUACGCAAUAGUUUGCAGAAUCUUGUCACUUGUGGUUGGUUCCUAUAACCUGUCAUUCAUUUAGGAGAUAGAUACUCUCUAGAGCAAUUGGUGGGGAACAUCAUAUCGAUGUUUGUGGCGGGGUCAAGGGAGACAUCAUCCCUGUACAAGCUUAACCUGUUGUCUCUGCCCAUCUGCAUCAAAGCAUGAGGGAUGUCUCAUGGCUGUGUGUUAACAUGGAAGUUAAAUGCCAUUGAGCAAAUGUGUGGAAUAACUGGAAACUGCUUGGGGUCUGCAGCAUUUCAGUGCUCAGACCCCCUCUACCUCUAUAAAAGGAGGAGAGGCUACAGGCUGGGUGGUGUGAAAGUUCUAAACCAGGUAGCAAGCCAGAGACAGGGUGUAAAAGCUGUGCAGCUUGUGUGCCUAGCCACCAUGCGUGUUAGGCAUGGGGUUUCCUUGGCACUCGCAUCAAAGCGAGGCCACUAGUUUGCCCAUUGGUUUAUGGUAUCCUAGUUGUCUCCCUUGACUCCUACUAAUUUUUGCGGCCAGUAUCAUCCAACACUGGUGUAUUGUGUUUUUAUGAUGUCAUUGCUCAAUAAAUUCAUGUAAAGUACCAA